CCCCAUGAACUAAUUUAAUUCGAUCAUCACUUGCUCUUGUUCUCACUCUAGGGUUUAGAACGAUCCUUUUCCUUUCUAGUCACAAAUUUUAGUUUCCAAACCAGAAAUGCCGUUGUUAGAACUUAGCACUGUUUCCUGUACUUGUUUUUCCUUUCUGUUUCUAAGCCUGAUAGGUCUAGCUUUCAUGAAUUGGUUUGCUGUUAGCUAGUUAUGAUUGUUCAUGGUAUGUUUGGCAUAGCUGCUACUGACUUCAAAUUAUUGAGUGGCAGUGUCACCCAGGCAUGGAUGUCUACUGCUACGGUGAAUUUCGAGCCCAGUGCUAGAAUAUUUGCACCUUAUUCAAUUUACAAGGGUAAAGCUGCAUUGUCAGCUGAUCCCCUUCUCCCCAAGUUUACUAAAUUGGAAACUGGGGAUUACAGAGUUGAACGCCGUGGUGUCAUCAUGUUAACAUUUUGGCCCUCAAUUGGUGAACGCAAAUAUGAUUGGGAGAAAAGGCAGAAAUUUGCUCUGUCCGCCACGGAAGUUGGGUCCCUGAUCAAUUUGGGUCCAAAAGAUUCAUGUGAAUUCUUCCAUGACCCAUCAAUGCUAUCAAGUAAUGCAGGUCAAGUUAGAAAGAGUCUAUCAAUUAAAGCACAUGCUGAUGGUAGUGGUUACUUUGUUUCUCUGAGUGUUGUCAACAAUGCUGUCAACACAAAUGAUCGGUUUGUUGUUCCUGUCACUGCUGCUGAGUUUGCUGUCAUGCGGACUGCUUUCUCUUUUGCUUUGCCUCACAUCAUGGGCUGGGACAAAACUGUGGCAAAGCUCCCUUUUAGCAGUAACCAUCAAGGUUCAGGUUCGGGUAUGGGUAUGGUGGUUCGUCAAGCUCAGACCUCUGAGUGGGAUCGAUAGAUCUUUUGCGAAAUCAUGUUUGUAAUCAUAUCCAUUUUCUUGAAUCUCAGACUGCUCAUAACUACUCUUCCCAAGUGGAUUAUAUAACCAUUUGCAAUUAACUAUUUCAGAGGAUAAUAUUUUCCCAUAUCUACAUAUCCACCUAAUGUAUAUGAAAA